GCAUGACGUAUUCGUAAGAGCGGAAGGCUCGUGGAUUGUGUAUUGAGUCAUUGUCGUAUCGCCCUGCCCAUAAUAUCUGCACUUAUUUAUCGCACUUGUAUUAUUUUUAAGUCGGACUUGUGAGUCCCGGAACUGUCCAGCAGAAAUCAGCCAUCAGUAGCCAGCGAGAGGUUGAGGAAUCAUGUCAAGCAGCAGAUUUGGACGACCCUACGGAUCGGUGGAUGCCAUCGUGAAUCAGCCGGGAAUUCUGGAAUCGCGCCCUGGAAGGAAUCCGCAGAACCCCAAUGCACCAUACGGACUGGACUACCUGACAAUUGUGGACCAGCUCUUGGUCAAGCAGAAAGUGGAACUAACCGAAGUCUUAACCGGCUUCGAGACCAGCAAUAAGUACACCAUCCUCAACGCAUCCGGCCAGAAGGUGUUCUACGCGGUGGAGGAUAGCGAUUGCUGCACCCGGAACUGCUGCGCCACCUCGCGGCCCUUCCACCUGAGGAUCCUGGACAACUCGCCUCGGGAGAUCAUCCACAUGCACCGUCCGCUGGCCUGCUCGGCCUGCUGCUUCCCCUGCUGCCUGCAGAGCAUUGAGGUCUUUGCGCCGCCCGGUAACGUCAUUGGCACCAUCGAGCAGGAGUGGUCCGUGGGGUGGCCCUCGUUCCGCAUACUCAAUCACUUGGGCGAAAAGGUCUACCGCAUCGAGGGUCCGCUCUGCACGUGUUCCCUGUGGGGCAACGUGGACUUUCAUGUGGUAUCCCUGACUGGCGCAAAGGUGGGCAGGAUCUCCAAGCAGUGGUCGGGUCUGGUGCGGGAAUUCUUCACGGACGCCGACUUCUUCGGCAUCAGCUUUCCCAGGGAGCUGGAUGUGCGUAUGAAGGCGGUCCUCCUCGGCGCCACAUUCCUGAUUGUGAGUAUUAACGUACCCCCAAAUGAUGUGGUUAACCCAUUUUGUUUCUUCACAGGAUGCCAUGUUCUUUGAACAUUAAUUGAGAGCUGAUAAUCGGUUGAGUCAGCUGUCGUGGUCAGAUCUUAUCGCCUUUCCAAGGAACAAAUCAUGAAAAACCCCAUAAUAUUCUUGAAACUCCAUUUGUCAUCAUGGGGUGAAAAUAAUCUCAGAUGUGGUCACCAUAGGUUUAUCUAAGCUUUUGUUCUCCCCUCUUUUCCACUUCUCACUCAUGUUGUAUACCCCAAUAAAACUUCGGAUGGAAACUA